AUGGUGCUCUCAAAUAUGGAUUACUUCAAUUCGAAGGCCCACCGUGACAUCGCAACAGCACGAGCCACUGAUAUUGAUGUCCGUAUUAAACGCCAUACUUCUUUUUUCUUGCGUUGGCAAAAUGGCAGAAAUUUUGGCGACGCAGCUAUGGCAGCUUUCGUGAUCUGUGUUCUUGAUCCUGAACGGCAAGCCGAGUUAGAAAACAAGUUCCAUGAUGAAACGCUCGAGUACUUUUGGGACCGGAUGACUUUUCAUGAGGUGAACAAGUCGGCCCCUCAGUUCAACCUCGAGUAUGAUGGGUGGUUCGAUGCUCUUCCUGAGAAGGGUGUUACUCAAAAGGAAGCUACCCCUGCUCCUCGUACGGCUCUGGGGCAGAAGAAGGUGAAAUGA